AUGGGGAUGGGGGACCUCGACCUGGCAGGGGCCAUGCCGACUUUGUCGAUGCGGAUAGUAUCCAAACGCAUCCAUCAACAAUGGCAUGGUGCACCUCGUGUGGCGCAGGUGGCCACGCUCGCCGACACCGUCUAUCCUGAAUGUUCAUAUCAGCAUAGCGAACGCGCUGAAGAACGCGAAGCAGAGGUGCGCGAGGCCGAGGCUAUGAAGAAUGCGCUCGAGGCAGCGCUGCACGACGACGUGACGAAGAGCGCCAAGCGGAACAUGGAGGCGCUCCUCGGGGCAUCCACGUGCGUACUCCUCUGUGAGAGGAUUCGUGACUCAAAGGACAGGGUGGUGGCCCAUCGGUGGCAUGGCGGCCCCAUGUGGUUGCCCGCCCGCCCAGCGGCGACGUGGCCACCUGCCCGUCCCGCUCAAACGGCGGUGGCGUGGUUGGCCCCGCACGACCGCCAUCCUGCUUGCCUGCGGGGCUAUGGCGUUCUUGACCUGGCGCGGCGGCGACGUGGCUGGCCCCGCAUGCUCACUGUGCGACGGCGUGGUUGCCGGCACCGAUGUUCUUCGUGA